GGGUGCGCACGCACCGGGAGGGUGGGUCGGGCGCGCGGCCGUUAGCGGUCCUCGUCUUGACAACUGUCUGCAACGCUGAGGUUCCCGCGGGCCUUAGACCGCGUGACCCAGACCCCGUUAGCGCGCUCGCCUCCUUCGACGGCGCAGUCACCGCGCGGGGCGGCCGCCCGUGAAGUACCUACCACGUCUUGUGUCAACGAAUAAAGCUCCGGGACAGCGGCGCCCUCGGCGACAGCUGCGUGGGCAGCCUGGGCUGGGAGCGGUGACCCACGGCUUCCGUGAGAAGCGAGCGGCGGAAGCAGCCUCCACCCUGGCCCCGCACCAGCCGCCCGGCAGGCGAGACCUGAGCCUGGUCUGGCAUGCGCGGAAUGCUCCUUGAGCCCCUCUUCUGGCUGUUACCUUCGGGGGACGGUUGUGGCCACACUGACACGUAUUUUCCAAAUAAAUCGUUUAUUCUUGCGGCGGCGGGGCCGAACACGUUAAUAUAUUUUUAAUAUUCUCAGCAAGCAUUUACCCAACACUUUUAUCCAGUGAAACAACUUGGUAAGCGUUUCGAGCGAGCAUCCGCCGGGUUAAGAAGUCACAGGCUGGGAGCAGCUUGUAUUUGCCACGUCCGUCCUCAAGUGUUUUGAAGAUUGUCCCAUCUUAUAACUACUAGUGUGCACAGACUCCUCAAGUAACGUCGUGGUCCAGCGAUGCAAAGAACUGAAGUCUCAAGGUUUAUUUCUCUUCUAACGCGGUCGGGUUUAGCGCCAAUCACCAGGAAGCGGUUAAAGUAGAUCCCCCUAGGGACAUGGCAAGGUUGGAGCCGGCUUCUCACUCAGCCUGUCCACGUGUAGUAAGAAAACAAACCGAUGUCAGCUCCCCAACUGCAUCUCCUGUGUUGGGAAAAGCUAGCCUCAAGUUUCGAUGGCUUCCGGAAAAGCCUGUGUUGUCUUCAUAAUAGUACAGAAGAAUUCUAGAUAGAAAGGAAAGACAGAAGCGAAUGAAGACUAUCAAAGAGAAGAAGGAACAUCCAAGAUUGAGAAAAACUGGCAGGACUAAGAAGGUAACCAAGAGAAAGCUAUCUUCAGGUCCUGUUUGCCUGCUAUGCCUUCAAGAACCUGGUGAUCCUGAAAAACUAGGAGAGUUUCUUCAAAAAGACAAUCUUUGUGUCCAUUAUUUCUGUCUUAUCUUAUCUAGCAAGCUGCCUCAGAAGGGCCAAUCCAACAGAGGCCUCCAUGGAUUUAUGCCUGAAGACAUCAAAAAGGAGGCAGCCCGGGCUUCUAAGAAGAUCUGCUUUGUGUGCAAGAAAAAAGGAGCUGCUAUCAAAUGCCAGAAUGAUCAGUGUGUCCAAAACUUCCAUCUGCCUUGUGGCCAAGAAAGGGGUUGCCUUUCACAGUUUUUUGGAGAGUACAAAUCAUUUUGUGGAAAACAUCGCCCAACACAGGACAUCCAACAGGGGAAUUUGGGGGAGGAAAGCUGCAUCUUGUGUUGUGAAGACCUAUCCCAAACAAGUGUUGAGAACAUCCGGAGCCCAUGUUGUAGUCAAGCUGUCUACCACCGAAAGUGUAUCCAGAAAUAUGCCCACACAUCAGCAAAGCACUUCUUCAAGUGCCCCCAGUGUAACAACCGAGAAGAGUUUCCACAAGAAAUGCUGAGGAUGGGAAUCCACAUUCCAGACAGAGAUGCCGCCUGGGAACUUGAGCCAGGAGCUUUCUCAGAGUUGUAUCAGCGCUAUCAGCAUUGUGAUGCCCCCAUCUGUCUGUAUGAACAGGGCAGAGACAGCUUUGAGGAUGAAGGGCGGUGGCGCCUCAUUCUGUGUGCUACAUGUGGAUCCCAUGGAACCCACCGGGACUGUUCCUCUCUUAAACCCAACAGCAAGAAAUGGGAGUGUAAUGAGUGUUUGCCUGCUUCAACCUUGGGUGAGGCUGUAAGGAUGGCCUGAUGUAAGAACCGGGAUGGAGCUGGGGCCUUGUCAUGCCUGGGGAUGGAGAAAACAUUGUCACAGAGGGGAACUUCCAGUAGAUGCUCUGGCUUUGGAAGGAAAAUGGCUGGUGAGGUAUUUAAGGACUGUACACAGGAGAAACAAAGGGGCUGAGUUUACCCCCCCUUCUUUCACCACAGAUUAACAUGUCUGAAGACUCAAGUGACAUCCCCUGCUGCAGCAACACCUUCCACCCCCAAGAGUAUUUCUUGAGGGUCACCCACCUGGAAGAGAAUCCAGGCUAUUCUUGGGCAGAUUGGCUGCAACCUUCCCUAUUAGGAAAGCCUGAGUCCUCUGGUGGCAGAAGCUGCCACUCCUGGCAAUCAAAAGGAAUCAAAAAUCACUAAGGACUGAAAAAAAAAUCCAAGUAAUAGCUUCAGAGUGGUUACUGCCAAGGACAAUGAGGUACAGAACAGUGCUGCUGCAUCAGUUUGGAGAGGGAGAACUUUGAAACCAUGAGACACAAGAGGCCAGCAGUGAGAAUAGUAGCCAGGCAAAGAGGUCUUGAGGGAGGUGGAGUAGAAUAACUGAGUCUGUGCCAACAGCUGAGUGUAGGGGCACCUCUGCUCUUUCUCCUCAGUUCUUAUCCUCUUUCACCAAGAUUCUUCCACCUUGAUCUGGUUCUCAUAUGCUUCACUCAUUUGUUACUUGCAAAUAAAGGUUGUCUCUCCA